UAAUACGAGGGAAAUCCUACACGAGGAUGAACACCUUCCAUCUAUAUAUCUCCCUCCCCCUAGCUGCAUUGCUCUUCACCUCGAAUCCGUCGCUCCCUCAUUUGCCUUCCUCGUGUUGCUCAGAGAGGUUCUUGGUGAGAAGCCUGCAAUGAGGGAUGGACGUCGACACAUUCCCGGCGGGGAUGCGCGUGCUCGCCGUCGACGACGACCGCGUCUCCCUCAAGCUCAUAGAGAAACAACUACGCACUUGCAAGUACAACGUGGCAACAGCGUUGGACGCGGAGACGGCGCUGGAGAUGCUCAGGGAGAGCAAGGACGCCGACCAGUUCGACCUGGUGAUUAGCGACGUGCACAUGCCGGGCAUGGACGACUUCAAGCUCCUGGAGCUCGUCGGCCUCGAGAUGGAUAUCCCUGUCAUCAUGCUAUCCGGGAACGACGAGAAGGAGACUAUGAUGAAGGGGAUAAAGCAUGGAGCUUGUAACUAUUUGGUGAAGCCAGUGCUCCUCGAGCAGAUUAGGAACCUAUGGGUGCAUGUGGUGAAGAAGAGUACACCUGAUCCAAGGAACUGCAUAAGCUGUGGCAAUGAUGAUGCUGGCCAGAGGUUGCAACUUGGGAAUCCUGAGGGUGAGAAGGAUGGUGCAAAGCGCACCAGGAAGUAUUCGAGGAAGAACAAAAAGGAUGGAUAUGGCACUGAAGAGAACAGAGAGAACACAUACUCAUCAGCCCAGAAGAAGCAAAGGAUUCAGUGGUCCAGUCAGCUACACCGCAAGUUUGGGGAAGUCGUCGAUCAGAUUGGCAUGGACAGGGCUGUUCCAAACAAGAUAUUGGAAAUGAUGAAGGUGGAUGGCCUCAGUAGAGAGUGUCGCAAGUCAUCUGCAGAAGUACUGGCUCUACCUGAAAAAGCUCAGCAUUGGCACAUUCAGGCGCUCUAAUCCAUUUGCUGAUGAACCUGAGUGGAACACAAGGAACACCAUAAACAUGAAUGGACUGGAGAGUUUCAGGAACCCAUCCUUUGCUUGCUCCUCAAACUCAAGCAACCCUUUUACAAGGAUGAAUUCUCCAUCUGCGUUUGGAAUGCACAGUUUGCUACCCACUCAGUCAGUUCAGCUCAUGAGCACCCAGAGAAACUUGGUCAUUCCUCUGAAGGACAUGGGGCCAGUUGGUCAUGGUGGCAACCUGCUCAAGGAUGCUGUCCCAGAAUCACAGCAGGAUGCUUGCGAAUUCACCUCUUCUGGCAACUCCCAUGCAAACAUAGCGAAUGGUGGGCUGUCAGGUGCAAGCAAACUGUUCCCUUCUGGUCCUUCUGUCAAUUCAUUUGCAAACAUCUCAAAUGGUAGCACGCCACUGGCCACGAGCAUCGGCUUUCCUUUCUCUCAUUCUGGAAAAUCCUAUGCAAGCAUAUUGCGUAGCAAGAUGUUGGGGGCAAGCAGAGGUAUUCCUUUUGAUGCCGACAACUCCUUUGAAAACAUAGCAGAUGGUGAGAUGCUGGCUCCUUCGAGUCAUUUACCAGUGCAGUCUUAUAAGUUGGCGAACCAACCUUUGGUUCAGAUUAAGUCAUCUUCUGCUGACCUUUUCAACAAAGUUGCCAGAGAGGCUCCCCGAUUUUCUGGAGUUAGCAGUUCCAGCAACACCUGGAACACUGCUUUGCCGUCGAAGUUUCCUGAUCUUGGUCAUAAGGACGGAACGUGUGAAGGUCCCUCACAAGGGAACAGCCUCAAGAUCAACCAGCUCUCAAGACUUGCAGCCUCGUCUGUACAGACGCCAACUUUUGGAAAUGAAUUUCAGAACCAAAUGGCAGAACUCAUGAGGAGAGAAACCACACCAGUGGUAGGUUUCAGUGAGCAGGUGGCACCAUUCAACCUUGGAAGCAACGCAAACUCGACCGCAAUACCGAAUGAUAACUCUGCUCUGGGUGGUGCUUUAAGCAUCAUAUCUACAUUCCCUAACCUUCAGAAUUGUGGGGGUGGAAGUGACAAUGUCCCUGAGAAAGAUGGCACGGUUGAUCAGUAAGCUGCUGUCAAUCAACUGAAUAACAACAAUAAAUUCCUCAUGGGAACAGGUGAGGCGCAGAAUGGGGCGAGUGGUGACAUGGAUGACUUUUUCGCUGACUGGUUGAAUCAAGAUUUCUUCAAAGAUGGUGAUGCUUUCAUGGAUGGGGACUAGGAGUUCGCCCCUUGAUAUCAACUCUGUGAGAGAGAUGUUUCUGCAUCUGUGUAGCCCAACUGCUAAUCAGUCUAUGGUUCUUGCAAGUUGUAUGUUCAAAAGUGUGCUAUUUGUCAUUCAUCUUCAGUGGCAUCACAUGUUCAUAUAGUGUGAUCAUGCGGAGUUAUCUUUUGUAUCAGCUGUACCUUUAACAAAAUCAGGUUAUGAUAGGGGAGGUGUGGGUGCACACUCCUGCCACCCAGGUCCGUGUCCCCUUC